UAGAUUGCAUUUUCUAGUUGUAGAAGCCAAGAAGCUAAUCGAUUUGUGGGUUGAGAGACAGCGCUCCUGUGCCACAGGGCUCAAUGGCGUUUACAUUGCUAGCACUUUCACGCCGCCUUCCCGCCACUGGAGGAUGCUGCCGUGGAGCUGUGCUCAUGCAUACGAGCGCUCCGGUAUCUUUGGAGAGGCAGACGUUCAACGAUCGCUCUCAAACCGAGCACGUGGCAGUCGCCAGUUCCAGUGUCAAUGUGUCAGUGCCUGUCGCGUCCAUUGCUGGUGACAGUGUUUUACAUUGGCCGAGGGCACCGGUGGUCUCAAUGACGGAUGGGCUCUACCGCCACCGCUCCUGCGGCAUCAAGCCAACCCACCUGGAGAUAAAGUCCCGUGUCCGAGUCAUCACUUUGGGCAUCAUACGGGCAUGGCUCAAGAAGCGAAAUCAGGUCUCUCCAUACUCCGCUGAUACCACUCUGGAGAUCUACGACCAAUAUAAGGACUUUGGUGUAUCAGCGCUUUCCUUUGCAAGCGAGCUACAGCUGAAAGCUAAUAUCAUUGUAGCACGUCCGCGCACAGUGCAUCUGUCUCUGUUGCAAGACAAUUUAGUAAACGCUCCCGUCACCGUUGACGAAAACAGUGUUACUCUGCUCCCAGAAAGGCUCGACUUCUUGCGCAAGUAUGCCUCUAGAUUUGACAUUGUCGUCAUGCCGUCUGAAGCUGCUGUGAAAAUGUCGGAGACCUAUCCAACCAUCUUGAAGGAUGAAGGCCUUUUCAUCGUCUCUCAUGCUUAUCAGAAAGCAUUGCAGUGUUCGGUAGACUUGCAUCACUUCCAAGAAGCUACCUGCCGCUUCAUGGUGCUCCGAUUCCAGACGAAUAUGCACCGAAUGCGGCGCAAGGCUGACCUCAUCACUACUAUUCCCAUUCCUGGUGGUGUGGUCAUGGCGUUUGAUGUCAAGAAGUUUGAUCCCAGCCAGGAAGAGGUCCAGGACCCUGUCAAAGAUGCUGUUCACUGCACGACAUGUGAAGAGUGUCGUUAUCAUGGUACAACACCGAUCAGGGAGGAUUCAUUGGCCGAGAAUUGGUUCAAGGUUCACAACUUACACUCGUUUCGGUACUACCACAUUGAGAACCGAGAUUCGUGCUCUCUUUGUAACAAAACUCUGUCUUAUUCACACCCUCUCUAUGGCGGGCCGUUGCGUCCGAAACCUUUCUUGGAGCAAGUUUUCCACCAGUUUAAGGCGGUUCAUUUGGCUGGCCACGAUGAAUUCUUCGACAUGCUGGAAACGUUGGCUCUUGCUGAGGUGGAUGUUCCGUUUGGUCCUUUGCCUGUAUACUUUGGACCACAACUGAGAACUCUGAAUGUACAACAUUUGGUGAAUCCUUUGCUUUCGCUUGGUCACAUGAUCACACCGUCCUUGUGGGAGUCCAGAGGUUUGAAGACGACCGCUACACAAGAGGAGUUUUUCCAGACCAUCCACAAAGUGGCUGAGUUUGAAAACAUUGUUGGUGACAAGCGCUCGUCGGUGAUUCGUAAUUGCGAGAAGUUGCCACGGACGGAGGAACGUGUGGCGUUUGUGCAACUAAACCCCCGCAUACAGCGGUUGUUCUUCAUGAUAAUCCGCUUGUUUCAUCCAACAGUGCCGAACCAGCAGAAGGGACACCGUGACGCUACUGAAAGGCAAUUGGAUGCAAACUUGCGGUUAGCACGUCGCACACAGUCAUGAGUACCCCCUUGGCCUGGUGGUGGCGUCGCACACAGUCAUGAGUACCCCCUUGGCCUGGUGGUGGCGUCGCACACAGUCAUGAGUACCCACUUGGCCUGGUGGUGGCGUCGCACACAGUCAUGAGUGCCCACUUGGCCUGGUGGUGGCGUCGCACACAGUCAUGAGUGCCCCCUUGGCCUGGUGGUGGUGGUGCUAGUUUAGAAGAGAGAUAUGUUUAGCUGCAGACCGUCUCGUUAAAAGACGUAGCUGCGGCGUGGUGGAGUACACGCGUACCCUGCAGUCUGUGCCUGGCUGGGAAAGUGGCACAGCGUGAAGGCUGGCUGUGAGCGUGAUGGGUAGAUAGAUGCCUUGCUCUCCACCUGGGUACCUACAUGUGUUGUUGACCAGCCCCAUAGCCUGCUGGUUGGCGUGGCUGGACACUUGACACCGUAACAUUUUAGUGUGCGUGUGUGUCCUUGACCAACUCCAUAGCCCGCUGGUUGGCGCUGGUGGCCUUUUGACACCGUCACUCCGUAGCAGCGUUAGUAUGUGUGUGUGUGUGUGUGUGUGUGUGUGUGUGUGUGUGUGGGUGUGUGCGUGCGUGCGUGUGUGUUGAUACUUACCUGGUGAGUUCCAGCCAUCACGGAGCGACCGUGCGCACAGCAGGCUCUCUGCACUGGCCAUUUUGUUCGCUGUUCCAGGGUGGAUGUGCCGGCCACUCGGGUCCUUCAAACGGUCCUCUGUCAUGUCGCCACGUGCGCUGUGUGUGUCUCUCUCUCUGCCUAGGAGGUCCGCUCACUGCAGACCCCUGAGGGAGCUGGGACACUGUAGUACUCACUGCAGACCCAGAGUACUUGAACUGGGACACUGCAGUGCUCACUGCUUCUUGCUGUCUUUGGUACUGCUGAUUGAGCAGGUGAUCAUGACGCCAACCCUCCACUGAUAACCCUACCGAUAAGUUACCAAUAAGGUACUGUUGCUUUUCAGCUCCUCCUUUUCUUUCUUUCUUAUUGGUUUGCUCUCUCUUUUUUUUGUUUCUUUUCAUGUACUUCGUGUACACCAGGGAGUCGUACCCAGCCAGGUUUGGGUACGACUCGUACGACUCCCUGAUGUAGACGAAAGCUGUAACUCUUUUCUGGCAAGGCAAUUUGUUUCAAUGGCUGAAAUCGAUGAGACUGGACGUUCUGUUUUUCUUCUUCUUCUUCUUCUUCUUCUUCUUCUUCUUCUUCUUCUUCUUCUUCUUCUUCUUCUUCUUCUUCUUCUUCUUCUUCUUCUUCUUCUUCUUCUUCUUCUUCUUCUUCUUCUUCUUCUU